AAUAUGUCCUAAUGGCCGUUUCAAUUUCUCGCACUGUUAAUUGAUCCUGUAGAAUAGACUUAAUUGCCUUUACCAUGGUCUUUGGUGUUCAUCAAUUAGGAACAAGUUUACAAGAGGCAAGGUGAUCAAUCCAACAAUAGCAAGCACCUAUCAUGAGAGACAUAGUGCAUAUUCAAGUUGGACAGUGCGGGAAUCAGAUCAGCUCUAAGUUUUGGGAACUUAUCUCUGAUGAACAUGGGAUUUCGCCAGAUGGGCAUUAUACGGGAAAAACCCACAAUCAAAUGGAUAGGCUCAACGUUUAUUUUGACGAAACAGUGGAUGGCCGGUACAUUCCAAGAGCUGCAUGCCUGGAUUUGGAACCAGGCUCAAUCGACUCACUCCGCACCUCAAAGUACGGAGGACUCUUCAGCCCUGACAACUGCAUAUGUGGUCAGAGCAGUGCGGCAAACAAUUGGGCCAAAGGAUUUUACACGGAAGGUUCUGAACUUCUAGAAUCAGGGAUGGACUGCAUACGAAAACUGGCGGAAUUUUGUGAUUGUGUGCAAGGUUUUCAAGUGGCUCAUUCUCUAGGAGGAGGGACAGGCUCUGGCCUUGGGUCGCUUUUAAUGUCAAAAAUUCGCGAAGAAUAUCCGGAUAGACUGCUGAGCAGUUUUUGUGUGCUGCCCUCGCCAAGAGUGUCCGAGACAAUCACUGAGCCGUAUAAUGCUACGCUAAGCUUUCAUCAUCUUGUGGACAUUGCAGACGCUGCGAUUUGUAUUGAUAAUGAAGCUUUGUAUUAUAUCUGUUCAAACAUUUUAAAACUGAAGACGCCUACCUACAGUGAACUGAACAAACUAGUGGCUACGACCAUGGCCGGAGUCACAACCUCCCUACGUUUUCCUGGUCAGCUGAACGCAGAACUCAGAAAACUCGCAGUAAAUAUGGUUCCAUUUCCAAGACUUCAUUUCUUCAUACCCGCUCACGCACCACUCAUUAGCCGAUGCUCUCAAAGCUACAGAUCAUACGGCAUCUCGGAACUUACAAGUAACAUGUUCGGACCUCAAAACAUGAUGGUAGCUUGUGAUCCGCGCCAGGGAAGGUACCUUACCGCUGCAGCUAUGUUCAGAGGUCAGCUCGCUAUGAGGGAGGUGGAGGAAACCAUCUCCGCGAUGCAAAACGCAUAUUCAACUUCAUUUGUUGAGUGGAUUCCGAAUAACAUGAAAACAGCUGUAUGUAAUGUACCGCCUAAAGGACAAAAAACCUCCGCCACGUUUCUUUAUAACAGUACCGCCAUACAGGAAGCGUUCAAAAGAUUUACUGACCAGUUUUCUGCCAUGUUCAGAAGGAGAGCAUUUCUCCAUUGGUAUACAACGGAAGGCAUGGAUAUUAUGGAGUUCACCGAGGCUGACUCCAACAUGAAUGAUCUCAUCGCUGAGUAUCAACAAUACGAGGAAGCAGGGCCAGAAGAAGUCAUCUAUGAUGAAGGCGAAUAUGAAGAGCUCAGAGAUUUCCCAAGUGACUCAACCAACAAUAUAUAAAUGAAAACUAAAAGAUUUGCUUUGAAGUACAAUUAUUUUCAUUUAUUUGCUAACUUUUACUUUAUUAUCAGGUUACUGAAUGAUUUGUAACAGUUGCUAUACCAAGUACAUACAUAUAGUUUUAAGAUGAGCUUGACUCAAAAUUAAAGAAUCUAGGGCUCUCAACAAGUACUUCCCUGCUAAGUUUUGAGAAAGUAAGCGAGGUACCUAUAUAAAUUGAGUUGAAGCUCUUCACAAGAUGUUUGUAUUAUUACAGUUUACCAAAUAUUAAUUUACCUUUUAGUUUUGUUAGUGAACCAAUCAGUAAUUUGUUUAAGUUGAAAUACAACACAGAACAAUUUCCAAAGUAUCCAA